GCAAAUCAAUUUUUUUCAUUUAUUGGUAAAAAUAGAUUUUGUCUUAUCCGAAUGAAAUAUUUUAUUGGGAAAAGGAUUUCAAUGCCAAUUUUUUUUUAUCUACAUUAAAAAGAACAAUUAAAUCCUUUACUUAGGCAUUGGGCUGAAGAUUUAGAUGACGAAAGACCAUCCGUAGGAUCCGUUUUCGAAUCAACCAUGGUUCUAAGGAUAUUAACUGCGAUUUUCACGAUACCAUUAGCAAUAAUUUACUGGAUAAAAUGGUAUAUAGCGUAUUUUGCGAUCCGAUUCUACAGUGCAUUUCAGCCAAAAAGGUUCGACGAUUAUGACAUCUUUGCAGCUGGGGACCCAGUGAAAGUAGGAUACGUUGUUCCAGAAUCGGAGAAAGAAAUUGAAUCACCAUUUCCUGAAUCUCAUUUACAAGAAAAAGCUGACGAAGUUAUCUUUUACGGAACAAAUUCGAAUUCGGAAUGCCUUUUAGUGCGGAUAGCGAGAGGCCCAAACCAAAUGGCCGACGCUUGGGUUCAUCUGAAAAUGGCCGAUGGAAAAACAUACAGUCUUACUGAAACGACAGGAUACCAACAACCACGUGAGGGCAGUGACCGUACAUUUUCUUGUGGAAAACUACAAAUGUAUUAUUUGUCUCCCAUGCGCAAAUGGAGGAUAUUUUAUUGCGGAAUGUUGAAAGAGACAUCAGGUGAAAAAAACCGAGAAGUGUUCAUAAAGUUCUCAUUCCAAUGGAAAGCUUCUUCAGAUGUCUACGAUUUGAGAUUAAAUAGCAAUCCUGAAGGGUUUGCAAGUUCUAUGGCAAGGUCUGGAUGGAAAGCGCUGUUUGUUCCACCUAUUAAAAAAUUUAUCGAAACUUUUAACCUUUAUUGUCAAACUGGUACAGUAUCAGGAACUGUAUCAGUAGAAGACGGACCGGAAUAUGAAAUGUACUUAUUUGGCGAAAAAAUAAGAAAUCUUGGAAAAGACGAACAUUUGGCAGGAUGCAAAUUUACAGCUAUUUUGGGAAAUAUACCAUCGAGUGGAUUCAGGUUUCACCUAUUAAACGAAUCUGCGCCCUACAUUUUUAAUAACUUACCUGCUGGAUUUGUUGUGAACCCGGAAGGAACUUUGCAACCUGUAAAAGAAGUAGAAAUAAAUAUGAAACCUAUGUGCUGCGGAGAGAAUACGACUUCUUUCAAAGCGCACUUUCUUGCCGACGAAGAUUACAGAAUAUUCGGACACAUAUCUGAACCAAUUGUACUGUACAGUGGACAAGGGUGGAGUGGAUUUGUUGAAUUGUCUUUCAUUGAAUUCUCCAUAGGAUGCAAAAAAGGUGCCGGUAUAUUCAUGACUGGUGAAGUUUACGAAGGACCCAGUAGAAUGAUCAAGACUGAACCUAUACCGUCAUUGCCAGAAUUUAUACCACUGACCGUACAGUUCACUGACGACACAUCUCAGUUUGGAGAAAUUUCUGGAGGAAAAGGGUCUUCUCUUGGGAAACUGACACGACUAAGCGAAAAAGAAAAAUUGUUUAUCGUACCAGAAGGGAUUGUAGUGACAACAGCUGCAUAUAAAGAGUUUUUAACACCCGAAAUAUUGAAAGCAGUGAAAGAUUUAGAGAAUAUUGCUUAUGGUAAAGAGUCAGGGGAUUUAAAAGAAAUCUGCCGCGAAGUUUCUGCCAUUGUAGAGAAGACACUACUACCGAAUAAAAUUUGCCUUAGUAUUAAGGAAGAUCUUCAGGAUAUAUUUGGGGAUGAAGUUCACCUACGCAAAUUUGCAGUUCGGUCUUCUGCAACAGGGGAAGAUACUGCAGCGAUGUCUGCAGCUGGACAGAUGGACACGUUCCUAGGAAUCCAAGGCCUUGAAGAAAUUUUUAAAGCUGUGAAAAAGUGUUGGGCAUCUCAGUUUGGUCAUAUUGCUAUUGAAUACAAAAGACGCUAUGGUCAAGAGUUAAAUUCCCCAAUGGCUGUCGUCAUUCAAGAGAUGGUGGCCUGUGAAGUUUCAGGAGUCAUGUUCACGUGUGAUCCCGUCACAAAUAAUCCAUCUGUUAUCACAAUAACUGCCAAUUAUGGUUUAGGAGAGACUGUAGUUUCCGGAUCUGUAGAACCAGAUACGUUUGUUCUUCGCAGAAAUGAUCGAAACAAACUUGAGUUGGAGUCGGUUCUCAUUGGAAAGAAACAACAGAAAAUUAUCAUGCAAGAUUCUGGUGGAGUUGUUAUUGAAGACAUUGAUGAAAAUUCGAGAACAGACAGUUGUUUAUCACGAGAAACUGCUGAAUGCUUAGGGAAAAUUGGAAUUAAAAUAGAAAAAUAUUACAGAUCUUCUAGAGACAUUGAAUGGGGAAUUUCAAAUAAUAAAAUAUAUAUAUUGCAGUCACGACCAGUAACAAACGUGUCAGCUGAAACUGAAAACGAAAUCCUUCACGAAUUCGAUCCACCUCUGAGGAGAGAAAAAGAAUUUUUCUCAACUGCGAAUGUUGGAGAAGUUUUGCCUGAACCUAUUUCACCUCUGGGAAUUGAAAUCGCCUUAAAAUUCUGGUGUAAUUUUUUCAGGCGAAAUGCGUUGGAAAGAGGAUUGGGAGAUCAUCUCUUCCAGACUAAAUACUUUCAAACAGGAUUUUAUAUAUUCCACAAUCGAAUGAUGACAUCUGUCACUGAAAUGAUUUCACGUUAUGGAGUUGAUACUCCUAACGCUAAAGCUUUUAUGAUAAGCUGGUUCGGCAGAAUUUUAGAAGAUCCAGAGCUGCUAAGUCAAGCAAAAGAUUGCAUGCCUAAAAAAGGAGUCACACUGCCUCUUAGAACCAGACUUUUACAAUAUCGAGACUUAUACUUUUUUGAUUUUGGGAUGGAUAAACUAAGGAAAAAGAUAGAAAGCUAUCAUUUGGACUUCAUGAAUCAAAAAACAGCUAAGGACACCUUCAGAGCAUUACUUCACUCUUGUUCUGAUUUAGAUGACGCAGCCGUUAAACAUAUGGAAUGUACAGAUUCGUCUUCAAAUUGGAAUAUGGAAAUGUUUAAUAUAUUAUGGAAGGCAAAGGGAAGUUUUGAUACUGACGUAUAUAGUGAUUUUGCUACUCUUUUGGCUACCUCAUCCAAUGUAGAAAGUGCAAAUGUGCCCCACGCCAUGCAGGAAGUGGCGGAUCAAAUAACAAAAGAUAUUGGUCAUGAGAAAUUUAAGUCAAUGUCAGUAGAGGAAGCUGAGAAUUGGUUGCAAACAACCAAUAUGAAAUCUGGCAAAUUAUUUCAUCAGUUUCUUAAAAGACAUGGCCAUAGAUGCCUCCAAGAAUUUGAUAUCCAUUCAAUCACAUGGCGAAUGAAUCCUCAGCUAUUAGUCAGGAUGCUGCAAAGUCUAGUUGGUACAAGCAAAGAAUCGGAUAAGAAAGAAAAGAAUCUUGAUGAGGUUUUUUCAGAGCUCCACGUACCAUUGAGCUUCAUGGCUAAACUGCUGUUGAGAUUUGUUUUACCCAUGUGCCGUAGAGGUGUCAGAGCUAGAGAAAAUUCUAAAUCAAUUACAAUUAAAGCCUUUGACCAUUGGAGACAAGGUUAUAGACGUCUAGGAAAACUAAUGGUAUCUGAAGGACGCCUACCUGACGAAGAUUUGCUUUUCUUCCUUACCUUGGACGAAAUUCAAGAGCUGCUGAAUACUAGAUCGCCUACCUUAAUUUCGAAAGCAAAUCAACGAAGGAAAGUUUUCCCCAAACUUCACAAACUUAGAUUUCCUGAAAUAACGAAAGGUCUUCCGAAACCUUUUAAUGACGAAGAUGGAUCUGCGGAUACAUAUGAAUUCAUGGCUGAUUUAACAAUGAAAGGCAUACCGGUAAGCCAAGGUGUAGCGAAAGGUUAUGCAAGAAUAGCGAAAACUUUGGAAGAAGCAUCAUCUUUGAAAGCUGGUGAAAUUCUAAUAACCUACAGUACUGACAUCGGCUGGAGCCCUUAUUUCCCCAUUAUCGCUGGAGUGGUUACUGAAGUUGGUGGACUCAUUUCCCAUGGAGCUGUUGUCAGUCGUGAAUAUGGCUUGCCUUGCGUUGUUGGCUUAGAAGGAGCAAUAAAAAGAUUUCGAACAGGUGAUUACGUAUUACUGGAUGGAAAAAAAGGAAUUUUACAGAGAUUGCCGCAACCGGAAGACAAUUCUGGAUAAAGAUUUUGUGUUUCAUAUUCAGAUAUCAUGUAAAAUGACUGACUAAAAAAUAAAUUUUUGCUUCGUUUAUAA